ACUACAUCACACUCAACUCUUGCUCUAGUACUGAUUUUGCAGCAUGCCAAUUAAAAAGUGCCAACAUUUGAAACAAAGGAGUUUUGUAUAUUCAGACUUACUACUAUUGCACAUUCCUGAAGCUAAAAGCCAGUAGUCAAAAGAUAUCUUUGCUUCAUAAAAUUUCAACAAAGACAGAAAUAACAAGGACAAUACAUCUGUAGUUACCUUAGAAGCCAAAUAUCCCCAAUUUCGUCAGAAUUGCUCUUCUCAGCUUCUGAUAUUUCGCUCUUUGCUCACCCAAGCUUGUUCCGUGCCUUGGGGGGCAUCUUCCGUCACCACUGGCUUCUUGCUUGUCUCUCACGAGCACCCACCAUGGCUAUUUAUCGCCGUAGGAGACCUUCAAUUCUUGCCGUUCGAUUGUUCCUCAACAUUUCACUGUUGAUUGAUGACGACCUUGUUAAACUACCUUCGUCCUUGCUCGGUGCUGGACCAAUGGGGAAGAGGACGGGCGUCUCUCUUAGCUGGCUUCCGGACAAGCAUGGUAGAAUCGGCCAAGUAGCAGAGAAUGGAGCCUCCCUUCGUUUGAAGCCAUCGCCAAAUUGGGCCUUCCGCGUGGUUAAUUGAAGGAGUUGGAGAGAAUCCACAUGAACUUAGCCCUAAUCAGGGUUACAGGAGGAAAAAAGGAGGAAGAAGGACAAAACGCAUGACUUUUGUGCGUUUUGUUCAUUUUUAUUUGACAAAUUUUGCUUCCUAUCCUUUCUCUUGAAGAGUCUCGUAGUUUACCAUUGAAACAAUAAAACAGUUUAAUAAGG